UUAUGGGAGCAUAAUUACAGGGAUGUUCGUAGUGCACUCUGUCCUUGCACAAAGGUUGUCUUCUGGGUGCAGCCUUUUGGCAUGAGUUGAACUCCUGUUCUGAUUGCAUUCCACAAGGGAUUUUCCUCAUCCUGCCUUUUGGCACGCAUGAGUUGAAAUUCCUUGUGUCCCUUGAUCCGGUCCUUACUUUCCCCCCAUUUUCGUAAUACAUUUUCAUCGAUCGUUAGGCCGGCAGAACGAAAAAUUGUUUGAAUAUGAGCAUGUAUGUAUAACCCUACUGCAGUCAAGGAGUGAAUAGUGAUUGCAUGUACAUAUAUUACUGAUCUUGUCUCAUUUUUCACCAUCAGCUGUUUGUGUGGUGAAUUUCGAGUCGUGGUUUUCAAAAAACCCGAAGAAAAAACUAUGGAGGUGAAAAAAGGAAACAUAUUGAUGCACAAGUACGAGGUGGGACGGUUGCUUGGAAAAGGGACAUUUGCCAAGGUUUACCAUGCACGGAACCUGAAGUCCGGCCAGAGCGUUGCAAUUAAGAUAAUCGACAAGGAGAAGGUGCAGAAGGUCGGAUUGAUUGAUCAGAUCAAGAGGGAAAUCUCCGUGAUGCGCCUUGUGAGGCACCCGAAUGUGGUUCAGCUCUUUGAGGUUAUGGCCAGCAAGACCAAGAUUUAUUUUGCCAUGGAGUACGUGAGAGGCGGGGAGCUUUUCAACAAGGUUGCCAAAGGGAAGCUUAAGGAAGAUGUGGCAAGAAAAUACUUUCAGCAACUGAUUGGGGCUGUCGAUUACUGCCACAGUCGAGGGGUCUAUCACCGCGACAUCAAGCCAGAGAAUCUCUUGGUGGACGAGAAUGGAAACCUCAAAGUUUCGGAUUUUGGAUUAAGCGCAUUGUGGGAGUCUAGGGGACAAGAUGGCCUCCUCCACACCACGUGUGGUACGCCAGCGUAUGUAGCACCAGAGGUAAUAAACAAGAAAGGUUAUGAUGGCGCAAAGGCGGAUACAUGGUCUUGUGGGGUUGUCCUCUUUGUUCUGCUGGCCGCCUUCCUGCCAUUCCAUGACACCAAUCUCAUGGAAAUGUAUAGGAAAAUCAGCAGAGGAGACUUCAGGAGCCCUCAGUGGUUUCCCCCAGAGGUACGUAAGCUUCUUUCGAGGAUUCUCGAUCCUAAUCCAAGCUCAAGAAUAAGUGUUGACAAGAUCAUGGAGAAUAGUUGGUUCAAGAAGGGGUUUAAACAAAUCGAAGCAUCUUUAGCCCCUCCGUGUGAUCCAAACACCUCAAUCCGUGAUGUCCAUGAGGCUUUUGCAUCAACAAAUCAUUCAGCUGAAGAAAGUUCCAACAAGAAUUCUAGCGGAGCAGGAACAAGCCCCAUGAGGCCAACAUGUUUCAAUGCGUUCGACAUCAUAUCUCUCUCGCCAGGUUUUGACCUAUCCGGUUUGUUUGAGAAUGAUAUGAAUCACAGACCGCAGGAGCGAUUCAUGAGCACACAACCAGCCGCGACAAUUGUUUCAAAAUUUGAAGCCAUAGCACAGACGGAGAGGUUCAAAUGCCUGAAAAAAGACGGAACCCUUAAACUACAGGGUAGCAAGGAAGGAAGGAAAGGGCAGCUAGGCAUCGAUGCUGAGAUUUUCGAGGUCACACCUUCAUUUUAUGUCGUGGAGAUGAAGAAAACGGCUGGGGACACAUUGGAAUACAUGGAGUUCUGUGACAAUGGCUUGAAGCCCUCUCUUAAGGAUAUAGUAUGGACUUGGCAAGGAACCGAGCAGCAACAGCAACCGCCGCUAGUAGUAGCACCUGAAGUCGUUUCUUAGAUACGAGGGAAGUGCUUAUUUUUAUCUAAAACUUGUGCUUAAUUUGUGUCUUCAACGCGUUUUCAUCUUUAUUUCUAAAGCUUUUCAGUCCUUUUCUUCUUUAACAAGCUUUGUAUGUCGUAUUUGUUUCGAAUUUGAGAUCAAUUGGUAGAGAGAGAGAGGUAUUACUAGUCUGGUCAUCUGGUGAACAACUGAAGACUGAGUGCAGUGCUGGAUGUUCUGAAAAUGUGUAAAUGAGAUGCUGCAAUCAUGUAGCCAGAUUGAUGAAUGAAUAUAGAAUCACUAGUUUAAACUUGUA